AUGGCAAGUGGAGAUCUAACAACAUUUACAGAACCAACAUCACAUACAGAUAACGCAUUCUGCAGUCAGAAAUCUUCUCUUGAAUCAAGAGGAUUAAUUAUUUCUCCAAAAAUGCCAUCAGUAACUAUAGCUUCACAGGGAGAAUCAGCGAGGAGGCCUCGUGGUCGACCUGCUGGUUCAAAGAACAAACCAAAGCCACCGAUUAUCAUCACGCGCGACAGUGCCAAUGCCCUCCGCGCUCAUGCAAUGGAGGUCAGUUCAGGCUGUGAUGUCAGUGAAAGCAUUGCUAACUUUGCUAGGAGACGUCAAAGAGGAGUUUGCAUACUCAGCGGGACUGGAUGUGUGAUGAACGUUACUCUUCGACAACCCUCGACCUCAGGUGCAAUAGUGACUCUACAUGGACGGUUUGAGAUUCUAUCGUUGCUCGGGUCCUUCUUACCCCCACCUGCUCCAGCUGGAAUGACGGGGCUUACAAUUUAUCUAGUUGGAGCUCAAGGACAGGUCGUAGGUGGGGCUGUAGUUGGUGCCCUAAUUGCUUCAGGUCCUGUAGUGAUCAUGGCUGCUUCUUUCAUAAAUGCAACUUUUGACCGACUUCCUCUGGAUGAUGAAGAAGUUUCUGCUGCAGCUGCGCAUAACCAGCAUUGCCAAAAUACACGCCGGCCUUUUCAUCACGUUGACGUUUCAAAUAUGUAUGGCGUUCCUCCGAAUUUGUUAACGAAUGGUAGUUUGUCUCCAGAGGUUUACUCAUGGGCACCCGGACAUCAGCUAACAAAGACAUAAAGCUUCGGAAUUUAGGAAUUUCUUCUCCACUUCAUAUGGUCCUUAGUCGAGUCAUGGGUUCGUCAUAAACCGAGGAUUCUUGGAUUAUAAAUACUUUUGGUUGUUCCAGUUACGAUGAACAUG